CUCCUCGGUCAAACUCUUCCAAAAGAGAGCUCAUGUUGUCUACAGCAGCAAUCCACAAGCACGCUGCUAAGUUGCUGCUGCUUCUCGUCGUCGCUUUUGUUCUUCCGCAAGUCAAUAAUGCGACCACCGCCGCCACCACCGCUGCUGCCUCCGAGCCGCAAAUCCUCUUGAGCUUCAAGGCCAGCAUUUCCGAUCCGCUUGGUCACCUCGGCGACUGGCAGCUCCCUCAGAAUGGCUCUUCCUCCUUUGAGCAUUGUUCCUGGUCCGGAGUGUCCUGCGAUUCGAUUUCUCGGUCCGUCACAGGCUUGGACCUCCAGAGUCGAAACUUAUCCGGAGCGCUCGACUCGACGGUUUGCAAUCUCCCCGGCCUGGCUUCUCUGUCGCUCAGUGACAACAACUUCACGCAGCUCUUCCCGGUCGGUCUCUACAGCUGCAAAAAUCUCGUCUUCCUGGACCUCAGCUACAAUAACUUCUUCGGCCCGUUGCCGGACAACAUCUCGUCCCUGCGCUCCUUGGAGUAUCUCGACCUCGAGUGCAAUGCUUUCACAGGUCCCAUGCCGGACGACAUCGGGAAUCUCUCGCAGCUCCAAUACUUCAACGUGUGGGAGUGCCUUCUCACGACGAUAUCCCCGGCACUGGGAAAGCUCUCCAGGCUGACCAAUCUCACGCUCUCCUACAAUCCUUUCACCACGCCCUUGCCACCAGAGCUUCGCCACCUCAAGAGCCUCCAGUCCCUCAAGUGUGGCGGCUGUCAGCUCACAGGCAGCAUUCCCGACUGGCUUGGAGAGCUGAAAAAUCUCGACUUUCUGGAGCUGACAUGGAAUUCUCUGUCGGGCAUCAUUCCAUCUUCCAUAAUGCACCUCCCAAAACUCACAUCCCUGGAACUCUACAGCAACAAGCUCACAGGCCCCAUUCCUUCCGAGGUGGAGUUCCUGGUAUCGCUCACGGACCUCGACCUCAACAGCAACUUUCUCAAUGGCUCCAUUCCGGACACGCUUGCGAAAAUUCCCAAUCUUGGACUCCUCCACCUCUGGAACAAUAGUCUCACCGGAGAGAUCCCCCAAGGCCUGGCCAGUCUGAGUAAGUUAUACGACCUCUCCCUGUUUGGCAACCAGCUCACAGGUAUCAUACCGGCCGAGCUAGGACUUCACACCAGUCUCGAGAUAUUCGACGUCUCCACAAAUCUUCUCACCGGAGCGGUUCCAAGCGGCUUGUGCACCGGGGGUCGACUUCAAAAGCUCAUCUUCUUCAACAACAGCCUUUCUGGAGGAAUCCCGUCGGCCUACGAAGACUGCGAGUCUCUCGUUCGUGUCCGAAUGUAUCACAACAAGCUGUCUGGAGCGCUUCCGAGCGGGAUGUGGGGACUGCCUCGUAUGACCAUCUUGGAAAUUUACGACAACAGCUUCCAAGGCUCGGUGCCGCCGCAGCUCGGGCAUGCCACUAAUCUCCAAACGUUGAGAAUCCACAACAACAAGUUGACCGGAACGGUUCCCACGGACAUUGACAAGCUGCAAGUACUGGAUGAGUUCACGGCAUACGGAAAUAAACUCUCAGGUACUAUACCGGACAAUCUGUGUAAGUGCUCCUCGAUGUCAAAAUUGCUGCUGGGAUCAAACCAGUUGGAAGGAGAAAUUCCAAGCAACAUCGGGGACUUGAGCAGCCUUGCCAUCCUCGACUUGUCCAACAAUCAUCUGUCCGGUUCCAUACCACCAUCGAUCGUAAAGAUGGUGUCACUCAACUCGCUGGACCUCUCCAGGAACAACUUCAGCGGCGACAUUCCUCCGGUGCUGACCAGAAUGAGGCUCAAAGAUUUCCUGCUCUUCAACGUCUCGUAUAACGACUUUUCCGGAGUGCUUCCACAAGCACUGGACGUCCCCAUGUUCAACUCGAGUUUCAUAGGCAAUCCCAAGCUUUGCGUCGGAGCUCCCUGGUCUUUGAGGAGGUCCAUGAACUGCCAAGCGGAUUCCUCUAGACUCCGCAAACAACCUGGCAUGAUGGCCUGGAUAGCAGGAAGUGUUCUUGCGUCGGCAGCGGCAGCGUCAGCCCUGUGCUCAUACUAUCUGUACAAAAGAUGCCAUCAGCCAUCGAAAACGAGGGACGGGUGCAAGGAGGAGCCAUGGACAAUGACCCCGUUCCAAAAACUCACGUUCACGAUGGACGACGUUAUGAGAUCGUUGGACGAAGAAAAUGUCAUCGGCAGCGGAGGUGCUGGAAAAGUUUACAAGGCAACGUUAAAGAGCAACAACGAGUAUAGCCACCUCGCAAUAAAAAAGCUGUGGUCCUGUGACAAAGCGGAGAUCCGGAACGACUACGGCUUCAACACUGAGGUUAACAUCCUGGGAAGAAUUCGACACUUCAACAUCGUUAGGCUUCUCUGCUGCUGCUCGAAUGGAGAAACCAACCUGUUAGUAUAUGAGUACGUACCAAAUGGCAGCUUGGGCGACGUCCUGCACCACCCCAGCACAAAAAUCUCUGGAGUUCUCGACUGGCCAGCUCGGUACAGGAUUGCUCUCGGCGCAGCACAGGGGCUCUCGUAUUUGCACCACGACUGCGCUCCGGCCAUCCUCCAUCGUGAUAUCAAGUCGAACAACAUCCUUCUCAGCGACGAGUACGACGCACUACUAGCUGACUUUGGCAUCGCAAAGCUCGUCGGGAGCAACUCCUCCACCGAGUUCUCGAUGUCGGUCCUUGCAGGAUCUCAUGGCUACAUUGCACCCGAGUACGCCCACCGGAUGAAAGUGAACGAGAAGAGCGACGUCUACAGCUUCGGCGUCGUGCUGCUAGAGCUCGUCACGGGCAAGAAGCCGGUCGGAAGCCCUGAAUUCGGCGACAACGGCGUGGACAUCGUCACCUGGGCGUGCAACAGCAUCCAAUCCAAGCAGGGCGUCGACGCCGUCAUCGAUCCCCGCCUCUCGCCCGCGAGCUGCCGCCAGCGCGAUCUCCUCCUCGUCCUCAAGAUCGCCCUGCGCUGCACCAAUGCCCUAGCCUCCUCCCGCCCAUCCAUGCGCGACGUGGUGCAAAUGCUCCUGGAUGCCCACCCCGGUUCGAAUCCCCCCAAAAUGUAGAGAAUAUGCGCACGCAUCUUUACGGAACAUUCCUUUCCAAAUGAAGGUAUCUUACAUACAUAGUAGCAAAGUGGAUGUCUAGAUGAUCAAACCAAGCUCCCGCAAGAGACCCUCGUCCUUUAACAGGAACUUGGAUGCUCUCGCAGGGCAGGCCCUGUUCUUA